CCACCGCUACUACACAACCGCUUACACUACUACUACCACGCGUACACCCCCCCCACUCUUCCUCUAAAGGUGGACACUUGUCUUUGUCUCUAAGGGUGGACGAACCUCCGACAGAGUUCGAUGCUGAAGCCGAACUGAAGGCUCUUCAGGCCUCGCUGAAGCAGGUUCAGACCGAUAACCUGGAAGUCAAAGAGAGACUGGAGUCCGCUGAGCGGGAGCUGAAGGCCACGAGAGAUGUACCAAAGGUGGCCUUUGCUGUUUCUCUGGGAGGAAACGGUCUCCAGGAGGCCACAACAGGAAGAAAAACUCUCAUCUACAAAGACGUCAUGACCAACAUUGGACAGGCCUACAGUUCUGAGACGGGAGAAUUCACUGCACCGAUCCGUGGAGUCUACUACGUCCGCUUCACCGCCAACGCCCCCACCAACUUCCCCAUGAGCGCCGUGCUCUACAAGAACGGCGCCGAGGUCCAGCUGAUCGCCCACGAGCAGCCAUCCGGAGAAGGCAGUGACACGGCGUCCAACGGCGCCGCCCUGCUGCUGCAGGCCGGAGACAAGCUGAAGAUGAUGCUGUGGCACAACACGCACAUCUGGGACAACAGCAACCACCACAGCACCUUCAGCGGCUUCCUGCUGUUCCCCCUGUGAGGAAGGAUCCGCCUGCAUGUUUUCUUUUGCUCCAAUGGCCUUUUGAGGCAAAUUUGUGUUUUGGGGUUAUACAAAAUAAAAUGAUUUAAAUGAAAU